AUGGGUGCAAAAUGGAAUUCAAUGGUUAUGAUAGUCUUUGUGGUGGCAUUGGUAAUGGCAAUCGAUGAAACCAACGGUGGUGGUUAUAUAGGUAUCCCUGAAUGUUUUGAAGAUUGCAUUCGCAAACAAUGUGGUUACGACCGCACUGGGGCGUGCGCCGAGCGUUGUGAGCGCCUAUGUCAUCAUCUGAAAACCACCAAUAGUGGAAGCGCAACCAUAGAAGAGAUGAAGUCAUGA